GGAAAAGCUGGUUUCCCAUGACGCAAGCUCCGGACUCUGGUCUGGAUGGGGGGCCCAACAGAGGCUCUUCCUCUGGUGUGGGCCAGUCUGGUCCCCGGCCUACAAUUCCUCGGGCUCACCGAAUGUGCCCAAAGUGAGCUGCACUCCACGGAAGCAGGGUGCGAGUUCAGCCAAUAAGGGAAUGAUUUCAUGGCUGUUCCUUUAAGAAUUCCGGAAUGUUUUUGCUCUCCUCGCUCAGGGAAAUUCCUGAACUUAUUGUUUUUAGGGGCGGAGGAGAAAGACAAACAGAAGAGGGUGGGGAAAGGCUGCGGCCGGCCGUACAGACAGAACUGCUGCCAGUCCGGGCUGGAGCUCAGAGGAAAAGCUGCCUGGGCUUCUCCGUGGCAGGUCCUGAAGGGAGAGAAGUCCCGGAGAAGUUAGUUGGGCUGGAGGGAGGGAGAAGCCUUCCCGUCGGAGCGCUCCUCCCCAGCGCCGUCUAGCGGGCCUCUGGUCCCUGCCUCUCUCCUGCUUGCUUGGUGCCUCCGCAAAGCAGCCAAUGUGCACUUCGGGGGGCACGCAAGUCCUGCUCUUCCUGCAGCUCUUCUUCCCCUGGACCGCGCAGGCGCAGGCUCAGGCUCCGGCUCAGGCUCCGGCUCCCUUCAUCUUUCCCCUCAAAGUCUCUCCAGGCGGGCGAAAAGGCAUUUCGCCGCGGCCGCCCCAAGUAAGAGCAUCCGUUGCUGCGCCCCUCGGGAAUGAGCCCGGGGGACAGGUGUCCGCGGUGGCUGCCGGGGGCUUAGCGCUAGCGCUGGACCCAGAGAGAGGAGCGGUCAGCUUCUUGCCCAUGGUGGACAAUUUGCAAGGGGACGCCGGGAAGGGCUACUACGUGGAGAUGCUGAUUGGGACCCCCCCGCAGAAGCUGCAGAUUCUAGUUGACACUGGAAGUAGCAACUUUGCUGUGGCAGGUGUCCCUCAUCCAUAUGUGACUUCAUACUUUGACUUUGAGAAGUCUAGCACAUACCGCUCCAAAAAUUUGAAUAUCAAUGUUAAAUAUACUCAAGGAAGCUGGACGGGAUCAGUUGGUGAAGAUAUGGUUACUAUACCUAAGGGAUUCAAUAGUACUUUUCUUGUCAACAUUGCUAUCAUUUUUGAAUCAAAAGAUUUUUUUUUACCAAAAACUAAAUGGGAUGGAAUACUUGGACUUGCAUACGCCAUGUUAGCCAAGCCAUCAAGUUCAUUGGAGACAUUCUUUGAUUCUCUUGUGAAACAAGUGAAGAUCCCUAAUAUUUUCUCCAUACAGAUGUGUGGUGCAGGAUUACCAAGAGACAAAACUGGUACCAGUGGAGGUAGUCUUGUUAUGGGAGGCAUUGAACCAAGUUUGUAUGAAGGUGAUAUAUGGUACACGAGCAUUAAAAAGGAAUGGUAUUACCAGAUUGAAAUUCUGAAAUUGGAAAUUGGAGGACAGAGCCUCAACUUGGAUUGCAUUGAGUAUAAUGUAGAUAAAGCAAUUGUAGAUAGUGGCACCACUCUAUUCCACCUGCCUAAGAAAGUCUUUGAUGCUGUGAUUGAAGCAGUUUCCCAUACAUCUUUGAUCUCAGAGUUUUCCGAAGGGUUCUGGGCGGGUUCUCAGCUUGCGUGCUGGGCUAACUACGAAACGCCUUGGUUGUACUUUCCCAAUAUCUCCAUAUACAUGAGGGAUGAGAACUCCAGCCAAGCAUUCCGAAUCACCAUCCUGCCUCAGCUUUAUAUUCUACCUAUCUUGGGAACUGACUCAAAUUAUGAAUGUUACCGGUUUGGCAUCUCAUCAUCUACUAAUUCUCUCAUAAUUGGUGCUACCAUCAUGGAAGGUUUCUAUGUUAUAUUUGACAGAGCUCAGAAGAGGAUAGGAUUUGCAUUGAGUCUCUGUGCAGAAGUUGGUGGUGUUCCAGUGUCUGAGGUUUCAGGACCUUUCUCCACAGAUGACAUAGCAAGCAGCUGCCUCCACGUCUCCCCUUUGCCUGAUUCCGUUUUGUGGAUUGUCUCCUACGCUCUCAUGAGUUUGUGUGCAGUGAUCUUCCUUGUAUUAUUCAUUGCACUCUUGUUUCCAUUCUGCCGUCUGUUCUCUUCUCGUGAUCCUAAUUUAGUCAAUGAUGAGUCACGUCUGGUCCAGCAUCGCUGGAAAUGACCAUCUUGAUUCAGACCAAAGGAAUUGGGGGCCUGCUAGGAGCAGUUUAAAUGAAAAACACAACCAGGAACCCAAGCUAAGGUUUUUUCCUGUAUACAUUAUAGAAUUGAAUGAUUGUUUUGUUGCUACCAGAUUUCGAUGUCCUGAGUUCUGGUUCUUUUUUAAUUUCCAAUUAAUUUUCAAGGAGCAAAAAACUCUCCAAAAUCAAAAUACUGUAACUGGACGUCAGGCUCUCUGCGGAGUGAUUGCGUGCCAGAGCUCAUGUUAUACUUGAACCUGAAAAAGGAUCAAAAGUUCUCUUCUUAUACCUCAAAAUCUCUUCCAAAGUAAAGAACACAAUUUCACAUUUCAGCUACAAAAAUAAAUGAGAUUUUUUUCAUUACUCAUCUUUAUUAGUCAUUUGUUUCCAUUCUUAACGUCUCACCAUAUGAGGGCAAGAGAGAUUUAAUGAGCUUUCUGAACCUUCUGUUCUUGGAGCUCAGAACAGGCACUUUCAUGGCCCUUUUGGGUACUGAAGAUGAGAGUUCUAACGCGCUUAACGACAGCAUAACAAUCGCCUGACAGCCUUGACUUGUCCCUUUGGUUUUGCUGUUUUGUAAGAUAACAAACAUGGAGGUUCUGCACGCUCAGCUGGACCUACCAGGAUGGUUCUGAACCAGUGAUCCCAAAGGACAUUUGUGCUCACUCCCAAAACCUUGUUUCUUCUACUUUAGUUGACGCGUUUCCCUCCUCAUCGUCCGACGACAGCAACUGAAAAGGAAACUUUUUACUCCGACUUCACCCGACUGGGGAAAUUAAAGGCGCUGUCUUAGCCUGGAUAGCAGAUGCUGACGAGUAGAUUGUGAAGAAGAGGCGUGGGACAAGGAAAUAGCGGCCACGCUAGCCAACUUCCAAAACGUCAACGUCGUUCCUCCGGAGCCCACGCCGGAGGCACGUGCAUGAUGAUAGCUGAGGCAGAUGGGCUUAAGGCACAGAAUCCACUCACUUUGGGGACACUCUGCUUUUAGACAGUAAGAAUGGACAGAACUGGCCGUUGAUAGGUAAUCGUCCUCUCCAAAAAUGGGCAAGAAUUGGCAAGAUUCUUGAAGACUCUUUAUUCAGUCCAGUUCCCAGAGAGUACCAAGAUGGGGGUGCGGGUGGUGGUGUAAAACAUGGGGCCCCUGGGAUUUGAGGGUUGAAAUCACUGUCUUCAGCAUUCCUGUCACACGAUGUCCAGUUAUCGCUGUCAGCUUCUCUGAAAUUGCUCUGAAAGUUCCGUGUACAUACUGAGUACUUCCUCUGCCUACAAUUUCUAUGGCAGUUACGAUGAAUCCCUUCAACUAGCCACACCUUCACCGCACAAAGCCAUUUCUCAUUGACUCCAGUGCUCUUCCUAGAAAUCUUUUUUAAUCCUUACUUUCUGUCUUAGAAUCCAUACUAAGUAUUGACUCCAAGGCAGAAGAGUGGAAGGGCUAAGCCACAGAGGUUAAAUGACUUGCCCAGGGUCACACAGCUGCCCCUAUUUCUACACCUUAUGGGAGUCUUCCCUGAUGAUGGUCCUUCUUGGAGAAGAAGCUUCUCCUGUCCACUACUUUGCAACUUCCAGCUGCUUGGCUCUGUUGCCAAAGGCUCAGCUGACUGGCCCAGGAUCUCGCCUCUCAUUGUGAAUCACAAGGAGGACGUGAACCUCAGAAUGAAGCAAGUUCUCUUUCCUCUAGAUCGCCCUGACCUCUCCAUUUCUGGCCACGCAGAAGAGCUGAUUUGACCCCAAAGCCUUCUUGGCACACUGACAGCCUAUAAGCAUGACAUCCAAUUUCCACAAACAAUUACUAAGGAACUAUUUGAAUAUGCGAGGCUUGUUCCUAGACAGCUAGGAAGGGAAGUCCAAAGCUGAGAUCGUUCCCACUCACACGGUGAACUCCGGCUGAGAAAAAGCAAGUUUAUAUUCAUGGCGAUAGUUGGCCAACUCCCCAAUCCACUCCAUUUAUGGUACCCCCAUUUAUUUUGUACCCCCUUUAUUUUUUAAAGACUGUCCUGCCAGGUGCGGAGGAGUGGAUAUGCCUGCCUUGGAGUCCUAAAGGCGAGGGUUCAGCUUCUGCUUAUAAAACAUAUUAGCUCUGAAGCUGUAAGCAAGUCACUUCAACAGUGUCCCCGUCAGGUUUCUAAGCCUGGGUGGUUGUCAGUCUGCAUUGCUAAAGGGAGUUUCCUCACCAAACAGCCACUAAAUGAAUUAAAUACCAGCCUUGGAUAAAAAGAAAAAAUGCAAAAUGAGUUUUAGUUAUUUGGCGCUGAGAUUGGAAACCUGGUGACUUAGUGGAGGAGCCUGUAGGAUAGCAAUUCUAGGACUUGUUGUACAAGCCAAUGACCCAUCAUUUUAUUCAUCACUGAUGGCCAGAAAUGUUCACUGGCGAUAUUCCUUGUUGCCCUUGGUGUGUAUUACUCAGUUAUUUGUAGAAGCCUUUUACUAGGGUGUCAGGCCCAAAGCCUACAGGGAGUGUGUUUUCUUCUUGGCUAUUGACACAUAAAUGCCUUUGAAAUGAAAACUAAGAAUUUCAGCCUUGCCCUGAUUAGCUUUACUACGUAUAUCUUUAUCAAGAUAGCUUUUAUUUUGUUAAUCUUGUUUAAUUCUAUUAAAGCAAAGUAAUAAAAUGCUUUUGGCAUCUUAA